AUGUCCAGCCUGGAGCCAUUUCUGAAGAGGUCCCUGGUGAUCCUCCUUUUCCUGGGCCUGACGGAGACCUGUGUUCCUCGUCAAGUUGCAAUGGAAGAAAAAAGUAAGAACUGUAGAUAUCUCAUAGGGUUGAUGAGCAGACUGUCCCCAGAUGGUUUCAGACAAAACAUCAUAUCCUCCUCCAAGACACCUCCCCUGGUAACCACUCCAGACAGGACAGAAGAAGAAAGUAAGUAUUGUGAAAAGAUCCUUGGUCUGCUGAGCCUCCAAGUGCUGAAUGAAGAAACAAGCAACUGCAAAGAAGAAGUGAAGUCUUCUCCAGCCACCACCACGGCCAGGGCGCUUAUGAGGAGCAGUGGAUGGAGCUUUUGGAGGUGUGCCUAUAUGAUGGUGACCUUCCUCUUCGUGUCCUACAAUAAGGGAGAUUGGUGUUACUGCCACUAUUGUAACCCAGACCUGGAUUUGAGAGACGACCCCUGCUGUUCUUUCUAG